AUGACUGAAGAAAGUAAAAUGAAUGUGGAAGUAAAAAUAGGUAAAGAAAUUAAUGAAAAUUAUAGAAAAAUAAAAGAUUUUGAUGAUAAUGAAUAUAAUAAAUUCUUAAUAAGUAUUAGUGAAAUGAAACGAAAUGAUGAUAUUAAGGAAAAGAAAGAUUUAUUUAAAUCUAAAUAUGAUAUAAUUACUACUGAUUCUAUAUCAACAACGACCGAUGAAAUAUCAAAUACUUAUCAAAUUGAAAAUAAAGGUGAAGAAAAAGAAAGGUUUUCAAUACAUGAAGAAAAAAAUGAUUCUAGUAUUACUAAUAUUACUGAAGAAAAUGUAAAAAAAAUGGAGGAAAAUAUUAAUCUUAAUAAUGAAUAUGUUUCUGUUAAUAAUACAAUUUAUAAAAGUAAUAUACAGGAGUUAAACAGUUACCAAGACAACAAUAGUAAUCUCUUGCAUAAUAAUGAAAACAGCAAUAUUCAAAAUUUUAUAAAUCACGAAAAUGGAAUGAAUAGAAAAAAAGAAAAUUUUGAUAACUUAGAUUGCUUAAAAAAAAAAUUAAAUAAUAUAAAUUCAAAAAAUGAAUACAGAGAGGGUUAUUAUAAUAUGAAUGCAGAUAUUCAUAAUAAGAAGAAUGAAAAUGCUAUUGAAUCAACACAUAAAAAUGAAAAUUGCAUAAAUAAAAAUGUAUACUCAAGUAAUAUAAAUAGUAAGUAUAUUUCAGAUAAUAUAAGCCAUAUAAAUAAAAACAAUAACGUUAUAAAAUAUAAUUUAAAUAGCAAUAAUUUGAAUAAUUUUAAUAGAGGCUAUAACGCUAAUAUAAAUGUUAAAAAUAACAUUAUACAUGAUAGCAAAAUUAAUGACAAAAGUACUAAUAUAAUAAAUUAUAUUCAUAGAAACAAUAAAAAUAUGAAUGAUAUAAUUAAUAUGAAAAGUAUUAGUUAUAUAAGUAAUUUCACACAAUUUACAAAUAAUGAAAACGAUAAAAUUAUUAGGAUAAAUAAUAAAAAUGAAACAGUGAAUAAUUUAAAAAAUAUUAAUAAUAUAAAAAGUAUAAAUAGUUUGAGCAAUUUAAACAGUGUCAAUCAUUUGAAUAAUUUAAAUAAUGUAAAUAAUAGUAUGUAUUACCUAAAUUUGAAAUCUAAUACAAAUAUAGAAAAUAGUAAAAUCAGAAAUAGCGCAAGUUUAUCAAAAUGUACUUUAGAAAUACCACAUAAGAAUAUAAAAAAUUCUCAGCUUACACAAGAUAACAUAAGUUAUACUAGAAAGAUUGAAGAUAAAUUAAAAUUUAUGAAAAACAUUUCAGUAGAUAAAAAUAAUUCAGAUAUAAAAGAUUCAUUGACAUGCAUUAUGCAAAUGAAAAAUGUUGAUGAUACAAAUAAAAAUAAUAAUUUAUUAAAAAAUACAAGUAUCUUAAAUAACAUUUUAAUUGAUAAAUUAAAGGAUACUGAUAAUAAUAAAAGUAAUAAGAAUCAGGCUAUUACUAAAAAAGAAUUGAUAUAUUUAAAGGAUCAUAAGAAUAAUAAUGAUUUAUAUUCAAGUAGUGCAAGUUUUAAUAAUAUGAAUGAUAAUAAAAUUGCCAUAAAAAAAAUAUUAAAGAAAAAAAAAGAUUUAAAUGGUAUUUCAUAUAAAAAAAUAAAUGAUGAAAAUUAUAAAAUGAUAAAGAAUUUAUUACAAAAUAAAAAUAUGAUUAAUCAUAAAUUUAUUAAUUCAUUACCUAAAUAUGAUCUUAAAAAGAAUUUUACUCUAAAUAAUAAUUAUAUAGAAAGGGAACAUAAAGAAUUAUUACAUUUAGAACAAAAUACUGAAAUGCAAAAGAUCAUAAAUAGUAAAAAAAAAAUAAUCUUAACUAAAUUUGAACUAAAAACUUUUUUAUUAAAUACAAUUAAAGCAUUAGGUAUUGUAUUGAAGAAAUGGAAACUAAAAAAAUUUGGUGUAUAUUUUUGGUUUCAUAUAAAAUGUAUAGAAAGUGAAAUUGAAUUAGGUUUCUAUAUUAAUAUUUUUAAUUUUUUAUUUGAAAUAAUAACAGGAAAAAACAUUUAUUAUCAAUCAAACGAUAUAAAUUACAUAGUAAGAUUAUUUAAAGAAUUUAUUAUAUAUGAUUGUAAAAAUAUUUUUAAAAAAUGUAUAAAAAUACUAAAUAGAUAUGCAAAAAAAAAUUCUAAAGAAUUUUCAAUUUUUGAAAAUAAUGAAGAUAUAAUAAAAUUAAACAAAUCUUUGUUAUUGAAUGAAGAUGAAUUAAAUAAUAACAACAAAAAAAAUAAUUUUUAUGAUUUUUUAUUUAACAGAAUAAAAGAAACAAAUGAUUUCUUUGAAAAAAAUGGUGAAGAAAAUAUCCAUUUAUGCAAUAUUUUUUCAAAUUUUAAUGAAUUAAAUUACAAUGAAAUAUUCAAUUUUUAUUUAUUUUACAACAAUGAAUUAAAUAAAUCUUAUAAUUUACAUAAUGAUCAUUCAUAG